AUGGCUGGCGUUAUUCAGCUCGGAGACGCAAUCAAGUUUGCUGAGUUUGCCUGGACUGUUUGGGAAUAUGGGUGGGCAAGGGAGAAUAAUGCAGGUCAACACUAUCGUGAUUUUGGUUCCGAUGUACGCAUACUUCACAACAACCUCACAGAGCUCGAGAACGCCGUCAGAAGAGCCCAGGAAUCUCUCCGUAGCCAUGGAGCGCGGGCGAGAGACAGCUUGGGUGGUGACCAGUACUCGUUAUUGGAAGUCAUUGGAGAUUACAAUGCCACUCUAAUGGAAUGCGAUCAGCUCCUCAGAGAUAAUAGGCGUUACGCCGAGACAACGGGCCCUAUCAAGAACAUUGACUGGAAUAUCAACAUUAUGCCUCAAGUGGAACAUCUGAGAGGUCGAAUUCAGAUGCACUCCACUCGCAUCCAACAUGUUCUUAAACCCUUCCAGAUUGACUUAGUUACUAACAUCCACAACGACUUGAUUCGGAGAAUGCAAACAAUGCACAUGGGUCUACAUGGAGUCAUGAGGACCGUGACGGCCUUGCUCCAAGAUCAGAAUCCAAUCCUCGCCAGACAAAUUGAGAAGGAGCUCGAGACAGAGAUUUGCGCCGUCGGAAUAUCAGAGAACUUGUUGGGCAGAUUGGAGCGCAUGCUGGAGCGGCGUCGGCCUCUUGAGUUGUCAUUAAUGGCAGAUUGUUUUCUGUACCAUCUCCAGAGGGCUACAUUUCAACCUCAACUCGGCUCGAAUAGCUUUCCUCACAACGCAACCUGGGUGCCUAACUACUUGCCGUUUGCUAAAUGCCAGGUACUCAUGAAUAGGAUGAAGGAGCUUGAGGAUAUACAGAACCCACGGAGAACGUCUGUUUGGCCUGGGUACAUCCGGGGUCUUGAAGAGGAAUUGUCGGAAGCAUAUUCUCGUGUUCAAAGUGUAAUGAUUGUACCUGACACUUCAAUGUGUAGGGAUGAGAUUCUUGCCUUCUGGCCCGAAGACGAACCUCGAACGGUGGUAGCACCGAAAGAGCCGUUGGUGGAACACAUUUCUUUGUUCCAAGGGCCUUUGGCGACCCUGUCGCCUAACAUCUCUCGACGCGAGAUAAAACUACAGAGACAAUUGGGCUCUAAUUACCGGUUUAAAAUCGUUGAGACCAUUGAGUCAAACUGCCAGCCACCGAUAGAGGAUCCAAAAGAUCUCGACUUCGACAUCCGAUCCACUGUCCUCAUUCCAUUAUAUGCAGACCCGCUAGGCUGCAGCACGGCAACUCGGCCACCAGAGAUCAUGAUUGAAGUUGACGAGAAUAAAACACAACGCCACUACAGGUUUCUUUUCUUGCAAGAUCUUCUGGCAUUUCAGGCAAUUCUAACCGGUUUCAAGGUUGUGGACGGCUAUAUGGAGCCUCGUGCGAUAGUCAGGUUCAUCAUGAGUGGGGACUAUGGUGACGAGUUGGGAGAUCUUCACGAUGCAACCAUACAAAUAUGGAUACCGAAAGAGUGGACCGAUGCCGAUCGCUCGGCAGAGGAUACACCAGCCAACGAUCAGGGAGGUCGGGCAUCUGGCUAUGGUUUGUCUACGCCGUCACUCGUGCAGAAGAGUUGGGACCGGAACGGCUCAAAUAUCCUGCCAAACAGAUGCGGCACUAUAAGCAACCCUAACCUUCGAACCUCGCCUCCACUUGUGCGGAAGAGUUGGGACUGGACUGGCCAAAACCUCCUGCCAGAGAGAUGGGAGACUGUAUCACCCCCUGAUGUUCGAACUUCACCUCCAGCAAAUGGGUCGUCUAACACGGUCAAUUCCCCCACAAUGUCACCUAUGACCACAACAGAUCAGUUUCGCCAGCCAGAACGUCAAAAUCGCUCCAAUAGUAUAUCUUCAUAUCUGUCCAUCGCCACGAAUUCCUCUGGCGCGAGCCACAGCAGCCAAGGCUCUAAACACAAUGUUCCCGUGAAGCUAGGAGAUGGUAGCGUCGGCACGGGCUAUGGAACAGUCCGUAACCCUCCCCGCAACCCGCUUCUAGUGCUGUUCACACGGCCUAAGGGUCCAGAGUCUAGACGGUCCAUCGUGGCCAUCACACUCCACACGAAGACGAUGCCUAACAGGACUACAUGCAAGUGUGAACAAACUACGGAAUGCAAAAUUACAGCUCUUCAAAACGCCCACAGUCUGGUAGAUGCCCAUAAGUUCGAAGGUGACAAGUGGGAUCUUCUACGGCUCGUGGCGUCGCGACACGACAUGCCGCGUCGUUGGGACAAACUCAUUCGCGUUAGCAUCAUGUUCCCCGCCCCGCUUUUGCGCAUGAAGUUUGGUGGCGGGCCGUGUUGGUGUUCCAAUAGGACAGAGGGUGAGCUCGAGGUUUGCCAUCUACAGGGGCACCAGGGUCUCUUGGGGGUGGUGAGGGAUUACCACAGGAGGCUGCUGAUACAAUAUCACAAUGAGACUGACAAUCAGUUGGACUUAGUGAACCAUCCCCCUUAUGGAUGA